ACACACACACACACACACACACACACAUACAUCCACAUCUACCUGCACACACACACACACACACACACUCGUCCAGGUGGACCGGGACCAUGUGGGUCCUCCUGGCUGCCGGCUCCGUCUUCUUCCCCGGACUCUACCUGCUCUCCAGACACACUCUGAGACACAUGGGAUGGAGCGAGGGGGACGCCGCCGUCGUGUCCACACGGCUGGUGUCGUCCGUCCAGGCCGUCAUGGCGUCCUCAGCCGGAUGCAUCAUCGCCUCGUCCUGCGGGGACGUCGUGGAGGACAGUCAUUGGCUGACCGACACCUACAUCCUGUUUGCCACGCCGUACUUUGCCUACGACGUCUACGCCAUGUUCGUGUGCUACUGGUACAAGCUGCAGGUCAAAGGUCACGAGGAGGAGGAGGAGGAGGGCGUCAGGUGGAAGGGAGCCGCUGUGGCCGGUUACCUGCGCAGAGAGAUGCUCAUGGUGCUGCAUCACAUCUUCAUGGUGGCCUUCUGCUUCCCCGCAUCACUGCUGUGGCGGCAGGGUAAAGGUGAUUUCUUCCAGGGCGUUUUGUUCCUGGCGGAGCUCAGCACGCCGUUCGUCUGUCUGGGGAAAGUCCUGAUCCAGUACAAGAAGCAGCACACUCUGCUGCACAAAGUCAACGGAGUCCUCCUGCUGCUCACCUUCUUCAGCUGCCGGGUGUUGCUCUUCCCGUACCUGUACUACGCCUACAGCAGGUACGCGUCUGUCCCGGUGUACGCGGUGCCCCUGGUGGCCCCAUGGCAGUGCAACCUGGGCGCCGCUCUGCUGUGGCCUCUGCAGCUCUACUGGUUCACUCUGAUCUGCAGAGGAGCUCUCCGCCUGUCCGCCGCAGGACGGCGCUCAGAAUCAGAAUCUAAAGCCGACGGCGACGGCUGCCUGACGGCGAGUAAUGGCUGCAGGUCUCAUCAGGAGGAUGGACGGACGCACGGACACUGAAGCUGCAGACGUGGUUGUUUACUACAGACGGCGAGUGUUUCUCCUCACGUGAUGGACGGAUAGAGGAGAGGAGGGUGAAUAAAGGGUGGAGGUGGUGGUGAUGAUGAUGAUGAAGGCCUCAUAACGCUCCAGUUUACUGUGGAGAAGUCUGACUGAUGACUGAAAUGAAGAAUAUUAAAGAUCCACCACGAACAAGUUUCACCAGCUGAGGAACGGAGAGGAAUCAGAGUUUUAUUAAUGUCGACACACUGAGAGACUGUUUCUGAUCAAUGUGAUCAAUACUGACUGAGUUUAUAUUAACUGUAUUCAUUGUCCACACAUACUGUAUGUACAGGCAAAGUAUAAUAACAAUAAUAACUUAAAAUAGGGAAGGGGAUUCAAAUACAGUCAAAUCUAAAGCACAUGUUUAUAUAAUUAUUAUAUUUAUAUUAUAUUAUUAUAUAUUAUAUAUUAUAUUAUUAUUAUAAUUAUAAUAUAAGCUGGAUCAAAA